GCGCUGCCUCCUGGGUCCUGUUGUGUUCAGAGAGUCGCUCCCCUCGGCCAGAGUGCACCGCUCACCGCGGCGCAGGUGGAGACAAGAUACGGGCUUUGAACUAAACUCUUUCUCUUUUGGAUUACUACUAUAACUUCUUGAGAAGUGGGCCACCAUGAAGACUACAUCCUCCCUCACCUCUCCCCUUUAGCUGAAAGAUGGCUUCUUUACCUGCAGCAGCAGACACCAGUUGCCCUAUAGCAUUGCACUGGCGAUUAACGCCAACAUAACUCCUUCUGGAUAUAUUUUUCUUUUAUAACCAAUGAUGAAACGUGAUGCCACAGCACAUGUCCAGGGCAGUAUUACAGUGUUUGGACCUUGGACUAUGAACGGAUUCUGAGUGUGUCCCAUUGUGGAGGAGCUGGAGUGAAGGCUCUCUGGACUCUGAACAUGUCUCUGCUCCCAGCUCUGAUCACUGUCUGUGGAUUAUUGCUCCAUCUGUCCUUGUGUUCACCCAACGCUCAGUACUGCAUCCCACGAAAGACAGUCCCCUACAGCAAUGACCUCAAACUGUUCAAAGAGGAUGGUGUUUUCAACUAUUCCACGAUGCUGAUCCAGGAGGACUUGGGCGUGAUUCUGCUGGGAGCCAGAGAGGCCAUUUAUGCACUGGACUUGAGUGACAUCUCUGUCAAAAAGUCAGCGGUGUAUUGGCGAGUGACAGAAGAGAAGCAGAGGCAGUGCACUUACAAGGGAAAACAAGCUGAGGUGGAAUGUCGAAACUACAUUCGUACACUUCACCGAAUGAAUGACACAACAAUGUACGUGUGUGGUACCAAUGCAUUCAGCCCCAUCUGUGAUUUUAUGUCGUUUGAGCGCGGACAGCUGAGGCUGCAGGGGAUGCAGGAGGAGGGGAAGGGGAAGUGUCCUUUUGAUCCCUUUCAGAGAUACUCCUCCCUCAUGGUCGGAAAUGAUCUGUAUUCUGCCACAUCCAUCAAUUUUUUGGGCUCGGAACCGGUGGUUUUACGCAGCUCAAACUUGGCUCUCCGCACUGAGUUCAAGAGCUCCUGGCUCAGUGAACCGAACUUUGUUUACAUGGACUUUGUGGAGGAGAGUGUGGACAGUCCUGAUGGAGAUGAUGAUAAAGUGUAUUUGUUCUUCAGUGAAAAUGCCAUGGAGUACGAUUUCUACAGCAAAGUGACAGUGUCCCGAGUUGCCCGUGUCUGCAAAGGUGAUAUGGGAGGCCAAAGAACGUUGCAAAGGAAGUGGACAUCGUUUCUGAAAGCUCGCCUAGACUGUCCCCUCCCUGAACCCAGUCUGCCCCCUAUAGUCCAGGAUGUGUUUUUUCUCAAACACAAAGACUGGAGAGAGAGCCUUUUUUACACAGUCUUCACUCCACAGUCAGGCUUGUCGCAGGUGUCAGCUGUGUGUGCAUACAAGGUUUCUGACAUCAAACACAUUUUCACUGAGGGAAAGUUCAAGACACCUGUUGCUGUGGAGACAUCCCAUGUGAAAUGGGUGAUGUACACUGGGGAGGUACCUGUCCCCAGGCCAGGAGGGUGCAUCAAUAAUGUGGCCCGUAAAUUGGGCUUGAACCGCUCCCUGGACCUUCCUGAUAAAACUCUUCAGUUCAUUAGAGAUCGCCCCUUAAUGGACGAUGCUGUCAGGCCCAUCAGUGGAGAGCCUCUGCUGGUGAAGAGAGGAGCCCUGCUCAGUCGGAUCGCUGUGGACCGAGUUCAGGCCCUGAAUGGACAAACCUAUGAUGUCAUGUUUAUUGGCACUGAAAAUGGUUUCAUCCAGAAGGCAGUAAACUAUGGUGGGGAGAUGUUCAUUAUUGAAGAGCUUCAAGUCUUUGAAAACCAUGAUGCCAUCAGCAGCCUGCGCAUCUCAUCCAGCUCCGGCCAGCUAUAUGCAGGCUCACAGUUUAGCGCUGUGCAGAUGCCGCUCUGUAACUGCAGCCGAUACGAGUCAUGUGUGGACUGUAUCCUGGCACGGGACCCUUACUGCGCCUGGGACUUCUCCACUGAGCAGUGCUUCUCUGUCAGCAGACCCUCCUCUGUAUCAAACACUGUGAUACAAAGUCUGAAGGAGGGCGAUGUCUCUCAGUGCCCUAAGCUAGAUCCUGUUGCAGUCACAGAUGUUGCUCUAACACCAGGAAACAAUGUACAACUGCCUUGUGAGCUUCAUUCUAAUUUGGCAGAAGUCAAUUGGCAAUUUAACAAUCAACCUCUUCACUCCAAUGGGAAACACUACAUUUACAGCGGAGGCUUGCUCAUUUUGGACACCUCCGAAUCAGAUACUGGUCUUUACAUUUGUGACUCUAUGGAGUUUAUCAACGGCAGGACGUACAACCGGACAAUGGCGGUUUAUAAUUUGCAAAAAAGCAUAGACAUUGGACAGGCUACUACUCCUGCUAAUAAGAAGACUACUAAUUUUGAUCAAUUUUUUAGUACUUCUACACCAGAAUUUGGGAUUGUUGAACCACUAACUCCUGGAAAUCAAAAAGAAAAGGGAAAGAUGACCAGCUUAGAGGUGGCCGUGACAGUGCUGUCUUUGCUAUGUCUUUCCCUGAUAGGUGUUAUCUUGUAUAUUUGGGUGCGAGGACAUUUGAAGUGCCUGAAAAUUGCACAGGCGUCUACUCAAAACGAAGCGAAGAGGCAGCCUGUGGAGUACGUGCCCGUCCAAAACAGGGAUUCAGAGGCAAAGCUGCUGGGGCCAGUGCCGGGAACACCAUGCAUUUCCAAUAAUAAUCACUGCACCGUGGACUUCAAACAGAACGGGGUGCACCUGCAUCACUUCCCUCGCCAACAUUUCAAAUCUGAACGGUCUGGGAUACAUUAAUGAUGAGUCAGAAAUUUGACAGUCAAGGUAGUAUAUAAUUCAGACCAAGGUUAGACGAAUGUGCACUAAUUACAGGGUACCUCCACAGUUUUCUAGUUGAAAUCUAAAACUUAUUCAGACCUUCAGUGUAUGCAUGAUGACCAGUUUAGAAUUAGACAAACAUUACUGAUCCACAAGGGAAUUUAUUUGGACUGAAAAGCUCACAUAUCACAAUGGCAAAUUCAGAUGAAGAAGAACGAAGUAACUUUACAGCAUUUUUAAUAGUUAAUAGUUAGUUUAAAAGUUAAUAUCUGGAUGGCUGGAGUGGCUUGAGCAUAAAAUUCGUAACUUGUCAAGCGCUGACUAUGUAAAACUCUUUUUCUGUGGUACCAUCAAAUUAAAUCUCUUCUUUAUAAUUUUAGAGCGGCAGGUUACUCUACUUACAAAACUGACAUUAAUUAUCAAUCCAGUUUGCAGUGCAAGGACCCUACAUAUAAACAUUCAAAUAUGCUCUCAGUCUUAGCAGCUGGGGCUCAAUUUACUGAUAACUGAUUUUAUAAGCAUAUUAUGUAUACAUUUCUUGUAUAUAGUAUGUACAGUUUAAUACAUUUUUAACUAUUUAUUUUUGCAAUGAAGUUUUUUAACAAAGGCCUCAUUAGUAACACUUUGA